AUGCAGUUGGUACCGAAGGAAACCGACAAGCUUGUCAUCUCCCAGCUCGGCCUGCUUGCGCAACGCAGGCUUGCUCGAGGGGUAACGCUCAAUCAUGCUGAAGCUACUGCAUUGAUCGCGAACAACCUGCACGAACUCACCCGCGAUGGAAAUCACUCAGUCGCAGACCUCAUGUCCAUGGGCAAGGAGAUGCUCGGCCGCCGCCAUGUCCUCCCGGCUGUCGUCUCCUCCCUCGCCUCAUUACAGGUCGAGGCCACGUUUCCCGCCGGUACCUCCCUAAUAACAGUCCACAACCCCAUCAGUACAGACGAUGGCGAUCUUGAGAAAGCUUUGUACGGAAGCUUCUUACCAGUACCCUCACAAGACAAGUUUCCUCUGCCGGACUCGUCAGUGUAUGAUGCAAAGAUGCAAGCGGGUGCGGUUGUGGCGGUAAAGAAUGGGAAAAUCACACUGAAUGAGGGCAGGAAGAGGAUACAGCUGAAGGUGGUUAGCAAGGGCGAUAGGCCGAUUCAGGUUGGCUCGCACUACCACUUCAUCGAGACCAAUUCCCAGCUAGAGUUCGAUCGCGUCAAAUCCCAUGGAUACCGUCUCGAUAUCCCGGCAGGCACUUCCAUCCGUUUCGAAGCGGGCGACACGAAGACUGUGACGCUUGUCCAGAUUGGGGGAAAUCAGAUCAUCAGGGGAGGCAACGGCAUUGCCAACGGGUUUAUAGGGGACUCGUCUGUUGCGGACAAGAUCCUUGAGCAGGUUCAGAAGGGAGGUUUCCUCCACACACCAGAGCCUCAAGGGGACUCUGCACAUAUCGAUAUUGCGACCAUGGAAAGGGAGCACUAUAAUAGUAUGUUCGGCCCAACUACAGGUGACCUUAUGCGUCUCGGCGCUACGGAUCUGUGGAUCAAAAUCGAGAAAGAUUACACGCACUAUGGCGAUGAAUGCUCGUUUGGCGGCGGUAAGACGAUCCGCGAGGGCAUGGGCCAAGCAAGCGGACGGCCAGAUAAAGAGUCACUGGACACGGUCAUUACCAAUGCAGUGAUAGUCGACUGGAGCGGCAUUUUCAAAGCGGACAUUGGCAUCAGAGAUGGCAUCAUCGUCGGCAUCGGGAAGGCUGGCAACCCGGACAUCAUGGAUGGCGUGGAUCCGGAGCUGGUCGUUGGUGCCAACACCGACGUAAUUGCUGGCGAACAAUCCAUUGUCACCGCUGGUGGCAUUGACACGCAUAUUCACUUCAUAUGCCCACAACAAGCCUUCGAGGCCCUGACCUCUGGUAUCACCACAUUCGUUGGAGGUGGUGUCGGCCCAAGCACCGGGACGAACGCAACGACCUGCACGCCGGGAGCUUCGCACAUCCGGCAGAUGCUCCAGGCUUUCGACGAGCUGCCUGUCAAUGUCGGCGUGACGGGUAAAGGAAACGACAACGAACCCAAGCCCUUGCAGGAGCAGUGCGAGGCAGGCGCCUGCGGUCUCAAACUGCACGAGGAUUGGGGCUGUACACCGGCAGCUAUCGACACCUGCAUCAAGGUCUGCGACGAGUACGAUGUUCAGACACUCAUUCACACCGACACGCUGAACGAAUCCGGCUUCGUUGAGCAGACUGUAAAGGCAAUCAAUGGUCGCACGAUCCACACAUACCACACCGAAGGUGCUGGUGGUGGGCAUGCACCCGACAUCAUCUCCGUGGUCGAGCACCCCUACGUCCUCCCCAGCAGCACAAACCCAACCCGGCCCUACACUAGGAACACCCUCGACGAGCAUCUCGACAUGGUCAUGGUAUGCCACCACCUGUCACGCAACGUGCCGGAAGACGUCGCCUUCGCUGAAUCCCGGAUCCGCGCCGAGACCAUCGCCGCAGAAGACGUGCUGCACGACCUCGGCGCCAUCAGCAUGAUGUCCUCGGACUCGCAAGCCAUGGGCCGCUGCGGCGAAGUCAUCCUGCGCACCUGGCACACGGCGCACAAGAAUAAAGGCCAGCGCGGCGUGCUCAACGAAGACGAGGGCACCGACGCUGAUAACUUCCGCGUCAAACGCUAUGUCAGCAAGUACACUAUCAAUCCGGCCCUGGCGCAGGGGAUGGGCCAUCUCAUCGGUAGCGUCGAGGUCGGCAAGCUGGCGGAUUUGGUCCUGUGGAAUGCGGCGAGCUUUGGCGUCAAGCCGCAGAUGGUGAUUAAGAGCGGCAUGAUCGCCUGCGCGAUUGUGGGUGAUCCGAAUGCCUCGAUUCCAACGGUCGAGCCGAUGAUCAUGAGGCCUAUGUUCGCGCCCUUGGUGCCCUCUUCGAGUGUUGCGUUUGUGAGCAAGGCGAGUAUCGAUAACGGUGUUGUGAAGGGCUAUGGCCUGCGGAAGAGAGUUGAGGCGGUCAAGAAUUGUCGGAACGUGUCGAAGCAUGAUAUGAAAUAUAACUCUACGAUGCCGAAGAUGAAAGUUGACCCGGAGAGCUACAAAGUCGAAGCGGAUGGUAUGCACUGUACAGCGGGACCGGCGGAGACGCUGCCGUUGACGCAGCAGUUCUUCGUCUAUUAA